CCAGUAAAUAAAAAUCAGAAAGGGGCAAAACUAAACCCUAGUUGUUUCUUUCUUUCUUUCUUCUGUUAUUCGGCCAUGGCGACUGUAGCUCGAAGAGGCGGUAUCUCUCUACCUGCCAAACCAUCUGAUUCCUGGCUCACCAAGAUCUCACGCACUCCCGCCGUCACCUGGACCAAGGAAACCGCCUCCAGUACCUCCGUCGUCGUCGGAAAACUCCUCAAAAGCACCGGUAAAGCUGCUUGGAUCGUUGGAACCACCUUCGUUGUCCUCGUCGUUCCUCUCAUCAUCGAGAUGGAUCGAGAACAGCAGCUUAACGAUCUUGAACUUCAGCAGGCUAGUAUUCUUGGUACUCCUCCCAAUUGAUCUUCAUCCCGUUUCUUGAUUUAGGUUUUGGUGAUUGAAAACAGUGUUGUUCUGUUUCUAGGGUUUAUGAUUGAAAUAAUUCUAUGAUUUUGUGUAUUUUUAGACUUAGUUUAGUGCGGAAUUGUUGAUUUGAUACUAUAAUAAUGAUCUUAUGUGAAUCUGUGUUAUUCUUUUGAAAAAUGCAAUAGGAUCUAUCUUGUUGGUUAAACAAGUUUCUUUGAGCAUUA